GUAAAGAAGAGGAAUGGGGCAGAAGUUUCAGAGAUCUGUAAGUAGGGUUUAUGUUGGGGUGAGGUGGGUUCAAUUACACACCAAGAUGAGGUCUGCUGGUAAAACCUCCCCAAACAACCAGCCAAUUAUUCUCUACCUAGAUCUGCGCUUUACCAAUGACCUAGAACUUGUCAGACACUCCCUUAACCACGCCCCCAGGCCAAGAACAGCUGUGUCACUUGCGACUAGGUCCCUGGACCUGAAGAAGAAGGGCGCAGGCCCGAGCCCGGCGGUGGCAGCUGGCCGAACACACGGAGCGGGCACAGGACGACGCGCAGGAGGAGGAGCUUGCCGCCAGCUCGCUGUCAUGUCGCGCCAGGCAAAGGAUGACUUUCUGCGGCACUACACCGUCUCGGACCCCAGGACCCACCCCAAAGGCUACACGGAGUACAAAGUAACCGCGCAGUUCAUCUCAAAGAAGGACCCAGAGGACAUCAAAGAGGUUGUAGUCUGGAAGCGAUACAGUGACUUCCGUAAGCUGCAUGGGGACUUGGCCUAUACUCACCGCAACCUCUUCCGGCGGCUAGAAGAGUUUCCGGCUUUCCCCCGUGCUCAGGUGUUUGGGCGGUUUGAAGCCUCUGUGAUUGAAGAGAGGCGCAAGGGUGCAGAGGACCUGCUGCGCUUCACAGUACCCAUCCCUGCACUCAACAACAGCCCCCAGCUCAAGGAGUUUUUCCGGGGUGGGGAGGUAACGCGGCCCUCUGAGGUGUCAAGGGACCUGCGCAUCCUGCCACCCCCUCUCAUCCCCACACCACCUCCUGAUGAGCCCCGGCUCCUCCAGCCACUGCCUGCAGAAAGGAGGGGCCAGGAGGAGCUGGAUGUACCAGUGGAUCCCCUGCCGUCUAGUCCUGCCCAGGAGGCCUUGGAUCUUCUCUUCAGCUGUGGCAGCACUGAGGAAGCAUCCAGCUCCCCAGCCCGAGGUCCCCUCUCUGACGCCGAACUUGCCCUUUUUGACCCUUACUCCAAAGAGGAGAGUACAGGCACCAGCCCCACCCACACCAGUGAGCUAGCAGCCAUGGAGGUACAGUCCAAAAGGCUGGACCAGGAACCCUGGGAGCCAGGAGGACAGGAGAAGGGAGAGGCUGAAGAUGGAGAACCUGCCCCAGCUUAUCUGAGCCAGGCCACAGAGCUCAUCACUCAAGCGCUGCGGAAAGAGAAGGCUGGUGCCUAUGCCGCUGCGCUCCAAGACUACCAAGACGGGGUGCACAUCCUGCUCCAGGGCGUCUCAGGUGACCCGUCCCCUGCCCGCCGGGAAGGUGUGAAGAAGAAGGCAGCUGAGUACCUGAGGCGGGCCGAGACCCUCCAAGCGCACUUGCCUUGAGGGCACCCU